AUGGAAUCUUCACCAGUCUCAGUCCCCUCGGCAAAGUCUUCCAGCAAGUCGUCCAACUCUAGCCGAGUUCCUGGAACACCAAAACCCCCUUUCGAACCUCCUCGAAGACGGUCUUCCCUCUUCUUCACCAAGGUAUUGCAGCAUGCUAGUUCCCCUAGAACUCCCGGAUCGACCUUGACAAGAGCCAUUGGUAAGGACAAUCCCGAAAUGCCGGGUCCAAACAUUGGCCGUAAGAGAAUGGCAUCUCCCCGAACGCGUUCGGCAGCCAUGCCAGGUCAUGUUGCACAAAUGCAGCGGCUGUUUCAGACAGCAAAGGCAUCUUUACGAUUCGACGUCCGCUUUGCAGCUUCAGCCACGGGGUCGAUUGACUCGAGACUUCCAUCAAGUCCCGAGACAGGCCAUUAUGCAAUUGGCUCCCCAUCACAAUCCGAUGAGGCGUUGAUGGAAACACCAAAGACGGAUUGGAGAUAUUCCACAGCGCCAAAGUUGGUUGCAGAGCUCGACCUUGACGUGCGAGAGCCGUUCCCAGAGGGUUCUCCACAACUGCCACAACUGCCCCGGGUAGAUUUACACCAAGGGAGGCCAGUGGCAAUGGAACCACCAAGCAGUGGCUUCACGUCCCCCGUCGCCAAUCCGGUGCAAAAUGAAAACGUUGUGCCUUCACCGCAUGCGGACACUGACCGAAGUGACGAUGAGAACCGUUGCAUCCCACACGAGGAGUAUCUAUCACCAGAUGACCUAGAACGACCAAUGACACACCUCCAAGUCAGUAGUGAUAACGAAAUGAACGUAGAUGGGACAGAAGAAUCACCUAUAAUUUGUCACUUGAAGAGGAAGUCGGCAGACGUACAAGUUACUGUGGAAUGUUCGUCAGAUUCGACAGGGUCUAUCCUGUUACCUCCAUCGGCGAAGGCAGCUGCAGACUCAGCAAGGCUCAGGCGCGGAAUGCUGAGCAGCCGGUUCCCAAAACCUCAGACUACCGAGGGAGACGACGACGACGACGACGACGAUGAUGCAUCUUCUUCCAACUCGAGCAAGAGCGCCGUGACACCAUGUCCUGAUCCAUUGCUACACGAAAGGACCCCAAUGGUUCUUUGUCCAGAUCCCGGUAUGCACUUCAGCUCCUCCCCAGAAUCCCCCAGUCAUCGGUCGCACCCAAGGAAUAAGGACCGUCAGUAUCAUCGUAGUCACCAUCAACACCACUUGGUCUCUAACCCACCAAAAUCAUUCAAUCGUACCACUGCAACAGGGAGCCCAAUGCCUGCACUGAGGAUGAAACCAGCACAUAAGGCACCAGCAGGACUGAGACGGCCUCCUUAUGACAAUCGCCACCCUAACUCGACUCUGCUUCAGCCACCAAGACAUCCACUUCGUCCACACCUACCUCCGCGAGAUUACCUCUCAGGGGCGACAGAACAUUUCCAGCCAGGUUGGUACUAUGCCAGAGAUAGUCCAGAUCUUCUGACCAAGCCUGGCACGGCAAUGUACUCGUUCUCAACAGCAGCUGGGAAGGUUUCUGGACACGAUGCUGCUCCAGAUUCGAUGAUUCGGGAUUCUUACAGGACCGACACCUUAACACCAUUGGCAAGACCUCCGAGUAGGUUCAGAAAGCACGGAGUCGCAGCCAUCGCCACUGCCAGAGGCGUAAGCAAGUAUUAUGGGCGGUCAUAUGGACCAAGGCCGUCUCUCCAUCAAAAGCGAUCAAACGGGACACGACUGCCAGAUGAAGUGAGGUUCAGAAGCAGUCCUCCUAGGUCCACCACAGAUUCAGAUCAGGCAUAUCCCACUCAGCCAAGACAACGGUCACGAGAGCUUGAAGGUCCUUCGAUUGAAGUUCCAGCAAGCAUCUCGACUGAAGCCGUUUCAAUGGAUCCGAGACUAAAGCUUGAGGAUGGUGAGGAUAUCAUUGAGAUUGACGAAGAGACGAGAGCUGCAGUUCGAAUGAGUCUGUAUGGCGGAACCACAAUUGAUCCCCAUGGCAGUGACGCUAGUAGAGGCCUUAAAGACCUCAGCCCCAACGUGAUGCAAUGGAGGAAGGGUCAUCGACCUCCCAAGAGCCGGAGGAAGAGACGACCAAGCUAUUGGGACACAGAUCUUAAGGAGGUCAUGCGAAGUCCGGCGGCUAGGCAUGUCGUUAGCUCUCCAAUCAAGGAAGCUGAUAUGAGAUCACAAAAAGGGGAAGUCGGCUGUCAGAACGACGAUGUGGGCGAAGAAAAUGAAACUGGGCUGGGAAUUCUUGAAGGCAUUCCAAUGCCCGCCCGGAAGAACAUCGAUCUUCAAGGCGAUAUUGCCAUGGAAGGCUGA